AUACCAAUCUAAACACAUUACGAACAGACGGCCUAAACUUCGAACGUUUAUUGCACCACUGUUUAAACCUUUAAAACUACGUUAAUUACAAUGUUCAGAUAAUGUAAACUCAUUAAGUUUUAAUCACCUUUGAGUUUUUAACGUUGAAUAUAUGUAGUAAAAAUCCAAGUGCUAUAAAAAUUAGGACGAAAUUGUACGUGUUUGAAAUGGACCGUUAUUCACGCAGUUGACUGGAGACAUGUUUGUGAAAUUAGUGUGUCUAGUUGUUGUGUUUACGUCACAAUAUGCUUUAUCACAAGAUGAUAGCCCAUACCCCAUAAUCGGAGGCAUAUUUUACGAAGAUGAAGCAGAAGCUUUGAAAGCGGCAUUGGAAAUAGGAGCAACGGAAUUUCAUUUUACUACUUCAAUCAAAGAAGUGAAAGAGAGAGGCGAUUUUAUAAAAGUUAGCGAACUCGUAUGCGAACUAGCUUCUGAAGGCGUCAUCGGAAUCAUAGAUGGUCUAGGUGGACGAGUUAGCGAAAAUGUCCAAGCUUUAUGCGACAUGUUGGAGCUGCCACACGUCUUGGUACAGCAAAAUGACCUAGAUGCAAAAGAUUGGUCCGUCAUUAACAUGUUCCCCAGUGGAGAAGCUUUUAACAUGGUUCUGGAAAGCCUUAUAACGAUUAAGGAAUGGACAAAUUUUACAAUAUUGUACGUAAAAGGCCACAGUUUGAGUCGAGUGAACCAUGUCAUGAUGAUGGGCAACGAUACAGACCAAAUGACUAUUUCUGUACGAGAGCUCACUGGAGAUGAUUAUAGAGAUGUCUUACUCGACGCUAAAGACAACGGAUAUUUAAACUUUGUUGUUGACUGUCCUUCGGAGUAUUUGGAGUUACUCUUAACACAUGCUCAAGAAGUUGACCUUAUGUCUGAUGAUUGUUCGUAUAUAUUCGUCUCUCCAGACUUGUUCACUUUGGACUUGAGUAGAUUUAGAUAUGGAGGUGUUAAUAUUACAGGUUUGAGAUUUCCUGAAUUAACAAUUUUAAACGAGAAACUUUGGGCGUUCGUGGAUGCUUUCAAUAAUAUGACAGCAGUACCAGUGGAUGCCGCGGAAUUGAAGAUCAAGGCGUUACUCGUCUAUGAUGCAGUUAACGUCUUUUAUGCAGGCGUUAAGACAUUAAAUGAAAGUGAAAAAAGAGCUAACAGUGUAUUUGGUGACAAGCUAGAUUGCGAGAAUUAUGAUACAUGGUCUAUGGGAGCAACUUUACUAAAUUUUAUGAAAACUAAUAAACUCGAAACAGGCUUAACUAGAUCAUUGUUAUUUGACGGAACUGGACAGAGGAAUGAUAUAAUUAUAGAUAUAUUGGAAUUGACUCCGGCAGGCAAUCAAACGAUUGGUACUUGGAAAUAUAACACAACACGCAUAAACAGACCUUUCGUACCGACUAUGGAUGAAUAUGGUGAAGAAAACAUUAUGAGGAACAAAUCAUUUAAAGUUUUGAUUGCAUUGACAGAACCAUAUGCCUAUGUGAAAGAGUCGGAAACUGAGUUAGAAGGUAACGACCGUUACGAAGGAUUCGCCAUUGAUUUAAUCGCUAGGUUAGCUGAUAUGUUGGACUUUGGCUACGAAUUUGAAGAAGAAGCUGAUUAUGGAUCUUUAAGUAACGGAAAGUGGUCUGGAAUGGUUCAGAAAAUAAGAGAAGAUAGAGCAGACUUCGCAAUUUGUGACUUAACAAUAACCAAGGAAAGAAAAGAAGGUAUAGAUUUUUCUACUCCUUUCAUGACCCUUGGCAUCGGCAUUCUUUACAAGGAGCCAAGCAAGCAACCUCCAGAGAUGUUUUCGUUCAUGGCUGUUUUUUCCAGAGAGGUGUGGCUUUACAUGAUGUUCGUGCAAAUGGGUGUAGCCACAGUCAUGAUUUUUGUAGGAAGGAUUUCUCAUAAAGAAUGGCAAAACCCGGUCCCGUGCGUGGAACAACCCGAAGAGUUGACCAACCAGUUCAGUUUUCACAAUUCUGUAUGGCUGAUUAUAGGCUCGGUCAUGCAACAGGGUUCUGAAAUUGCACCAAUUGCUCUCGGACCUCGAAUCAUAACAAGCGUAUGGUGGUUCUUCACGAUGGUAAUCGUGGCAUCUUAUGUCGGUACGUUAGUCGCCUUCCUGACAGUAGAAAAAGAUGUUCAGCCAUUUCAGAAUAUUGAAGAACUGUACAAUAGUAAAUCUAUUUCUUACGGAGCGAAAAAGAAGGGUUCUACUAUGAAAUUUUUUGAGACUGCAACCAAACCAACUUUACAAAAUAUGCAUAAAAGGAUGCUUGAAAGAGGUUGGACAGUAGCGAAAAACGAUGAAGGUGUUGCAAGGGCAGAAACUCAGAACUAUGCAUUUUUUUCUGAAUCGACGGCUAUUGAAUACUAUACAGAAAGGAAUUGUGAUCUAAUGCAGAUCGGAGAACUUCUUGAUUCUAAAGGUUAUGGCAUUGGUAUGAAGAUAAAUUCCAUAUAUAAGAAAUACAUCGACGAUGCGCUGCUGAAAUUGAAGGAAAGAGGGGAAAUACAAAAGAUCAAGGAUUUGUGGUGGAAAGAAAUGAGAGGAGGAGGAAAGUGCGGGGAGAAACAAGCAGCUGAACAAAGUCAAUUGGAAAUGAAGAACGUGAUCGGUGCAUUCGUAGUGCUGGGAGCUGGCUGUUUAUUUGGCCUUAUCGCAUCUAUACUUGACAUGUUGUGGGGCGUGUUUAAGCGCUCGGUUAAGUAUAAUACCACCUACAAAUAUGAGCUUGUGCAAGAAUUAAAAUUCGCUCUAAAGUUUAGUGGAGAUGUGAAACCAGUUAAACGACCUCCCAAGAUCGAUAAAAGUAGCUCCGAAGCUUUGGCUGACGUUAAGGAAACAGAAGAGGCAAAAGACGAAGUUGGUUCUCUCCUUUCUGCGCGUACGCUGCGUUCUGGAAAAUCUACUUCGACACAUGCAAGCAGUCAUUCGCACAGUUCUAGGCACACUAGCCAAAGUCUUAGUAUUGCGUUUGCUAAAAGACGAAAAUAUAGUUGAAUGUGUUCGUACAAAUACAAUUGUGUUGCUGUUGUAGAACAAUUAAUUGUUAGAAUUCAGUAGACUACUUCUUUAAGUGAAAUAAUAUUGUU